GCUUGUACAGUCACACAUUCUCUCACUCUGUUGAAGACCACUGGCUCUGUCUCACCAGCAGCAAUGUACGUAUUUCAGUGCAUAGAACCUGCUUUGUUAAAGUGUAUGUGAAAGUACAGCGUGUGAGGGAGUGUCUGUGCAUUCUGACUGAAAACUUCACUCUCUUCUGAUGCCUCGUGGAAGCUGCUCCUGAAGGUCCAUCAUGGAGGUAUAUAUCCUGGGAAUCAUCAUUGCAGUAUGUGGCAACUUUCUCAUCAGUAUCUCACUGAACAUCCAGAAGUACACCCACAUACGGCAAUCCCAACGGGGCACUAAGCCAUACUAUUCAAGCCGGCUAUGGUGGUGUGGUAUCCUGCUCAUGGGACUUGGGGAGCUGGGCAACUUUGCAGCAUACGGUUUCGCUCCAGCCUCCCUCAUUGCUCCACUCGGCUGCGUAUCCGUUAUUGCCAGUGCUAUCAUUUCUGUAGUGUUCCUUAAAGAAACUUUACGGGCCUCUGAUCUUCUGGGCGGUGCUCUUGCUCUCACAGGCACAUACCUACUGGUGACCUUUGCACCCCACUCUGCCCCUCAUGUGACUGCCAACAUGGUGGAGCGUUGUCUCAUCAGCUGGCAGUUUCUUGCUUACUUUCUUUUUGAAGUGUUCCUGUUUUGUAUCCUGCUGUACCUGUAUAAGUGCAGGAAUGUGAAUCAUAUUGUGAUUGUGAUGCUCUUAGUGGCUCUGCUUGCUUCUGUGACAGUGAUCUCAGUGAAAGCUGUGUCCGGAAUGCUCACAGAAACAAUUCGUGGGAGCCAUCUGCAGCUCACCUACCCUAUCUUCUAUAUUAUGUUUGUUGUUAUGGUAGCCUCCUGUGCCUUUCAGAUUAAAUUUCUCAACGAGGCCAUGAAGAUGUUUGAUGCUACAGAAAUUGUUCCUAUCAAUUAUGUCUUCUUCACAGCCAGUGCUGUAGUAGCAGGGAUUUUGUUCUAUGAGGAGUUCUAUGGUUUAUCACUGAUAUACAUCAUCAUGUUUGUGCUUGGGUGUUUGUUAGCAUUUGCAGGAGUAUUUCUGAUUGCAAGAACCCGACCCAAAAUCAAAAUGGACAGAGUGUUCUUCUCUAUGGGCCCAAUUACAAGUAAGAAAUGUACUGAGAAGGUGCAGCCGGAGAAGAAGGACAGUAAACAUGGUACGCUGACUUCCAAACUUGUAUGCAACAGUGGUGUGCAACAGGAAGACUCUUAAAGCAUUGCCUAGUGGAGUAAUGGAGAGUUACAGUAAUGACCAUAAGGAGAAGCCAGGCAGUGCUGUGUGAGACAAUGUGCAGGUGUGAGUGUUUAUAAUAAAGCUUUAUAAGUGU